AUGAAGACGCCGAUACAGUACAUCUCGGUGCGGCAGGCCCAGACAGUGCUCUCGGGCCAGGAUGAGCUUACCGAGGAGGAUCAAUGUUGGACUGACCUGCAGCUGGCUUCUCAAUCUGGCGAUUUGGAGAAUAUCCAGCGCCUCCUCGCGGAUGGAGCAGACGUAAACGCUCCUCCGCUAGGCUAUUACGGCAACACUGCUCUUCAGGGAGCUUGUCUGUUUGGUCACGAGGAUGCUGCUAGGUUAUUACUUGCACACGGCGCCGAUGUCAACGCACCAGGUGGUAACAAUGGCGUGCGGACCGCGUUGCAGCAGGCCUGCACGAGUGGGAACGCAUCUCUCGUCUCGUUUCUCAUCGAACAGGGAGCCGAUGUCAACUCGCCGGCGGGUAGGUAUGUCGGGCGCACUGCAUUGCAAGUGGCGGCAGAGGAGGACCAACUCGACAUCGUUCGGAUACUCCUAGAUUCGGGCGCUGACGUCAACGCGAAGCCCGCUGGGACCAUGGGCUUGACAGCGCUCGCCGGUGCUGCCUCCAUAGGGCAGGUCGAGAUCGUGGACCUGCUGCUCAAGCAUGGGGCCGAUGUCAACGUACCCGCCAUCCGCCAUAAGGGCAAGACGGCGUUGCAGGCGGCGGCGCUGAAGGGUAGCCUGGAAGUUGUUAACACGUUGAUUGAUGCUGGUGCCGACGUGAAUGCGGCGGGUGCAUCGUUUAAAGGUGGAAGUGCCUUGCAUGCAGCAGCAGAGAAGGGUCAUGCAAAAGUGGUAGAACGGUUGCUGGAAGCGGGUGCUGAUGUAGAGCUAGGCUCGGGAUGGACAGGCCAAACUGCUUUACAAAGUGCCGCGGUCUGUGGUCACGAUGAGAUUGUAGAGAUUCUAGUGAGAGCGGGGGCUUCGGGGCCUGCCACUGGUGGUCAUAUUCUAUUCGAAAGACUUUGA